AUGACUUUACCUUUGCCUUGCCCACCGCCCACCUCCUCCAGUGCUGCCUCGGACCCACCGACAGUACCACAAAGGAAGCGACGUAGAAGAGCGCCCGCCAGUGGUGCCUCGGACGACUGUUUUGCUUGUACUAAGCGCAACACUAAAUGCGAUCGAAGGAGGCCUUACUGCUCGCCGUGUCUUGAAGUAGGGAAAGAAUGUUCAGGAUACAAGACUCAGUUGACGUGGGGAGUGGGAGUCGCCAGUCGAGGAAAACUACGUGGACUAUCUCUACCAAUAGCAAGAUCCGCGCCAGCUAUGAAGAGCCCUCCUCCAACCCGUGCGCGGACACAUUCCACCAAUAUCUCACCCUCACGGGAUAAUAACGAACUCGAUGGUGUGAAAAUCAAGAUGGAAUCAUCAGGGCCAAUUUCUGUGAAUCCAUAUACCACCUAUGACUUCGUCAAUAUGGCACCCAAUGGUGUCACGCCUCCAAUGCAAAUGACCGAGUGGAAUAUGGCCGCUCCCCAAGAUUACCCUCUGCAAGACUAUCAACCAGAACCCAUGUGCCAUCAGAGACAAUUGCCUCACCUGCAUCGGUUACAUACACAUACGCUCAGUCUCGGCAGAGGGGACCUCCACAUGUCGAGCUCUAUCGAAUCGCUCAGCGCAUAUGCCGAUAGCGAAUACAGCGCCUCACCAAUCGCUCAGUCAUUUCCGGGCGAAGACUCCUUCCUGAGAAGUCCAAUACCUAUCUACAACGGCUAUUCGUCUCGCAAUUCCACAGCAGAUGCUAGUCCAGUCGUGAGCAUGAUGGGAGGUGAUUCACGUGGUCCUACUUCUUGUCCUGAUCAUUUCUACGCUCAGUCAGAGAUGAGCUCGAGUAUCAGUUCGCAUCAAAAUCUUUAUGAUAUUCCUGAAGGAGGACGUCCAUCGCAUCCAGCCUCGGCAGCCAAUGAGGGUUUCUAUGACGAUGAGAUUCUGGGAUCCCAACAUGUCGCAAAUGAUUUAGAGGUAUAUGCUACCAGUGCUCGAUCAAGCCACUUCGGCUGGAACUCUAUCAAUGAUGAUGAUGUAGCCUCACAGACCACAUCCGAGGCAGACCCCUAUUACAUUGCCGGAUCCGAUUCCAUGUCCUCCUCCACAGAUAUGUCUCCCAGGAUUUCGUUCUUCUUAGAUUACUACGAGAAGAUCAUAUGCCCAUCCGUGGUUGUAAUCGACAGCCCUAGCAAUCCAUACCGCGAGCAUAUUCUCAGUCUCGCAUCCUCUAGCCGAAGUCUUCAACAUGCUAUUUGCGCCCUUGCUGCGUGCAAUCUUCGGAUGAAACGGAGACAAUCAUUAGGACAGGACCACUGGCGACGACCCUUGGAGCUAGAAUUCCAGGAUAGAAUCAACUCUUCAAAUAACCCACGAUCUUCUCACAACAGGAGGGCUUCAAACAACCGCAUGUCACCAAACGCCGAACCUCGAUCGACCGAUCAACCGCUCGAAGAAGAAUAUCAACACCGUUCUUUGGCGGUAUCACUUUUAAAUCAACAACUUAGCGAUCCCUCAACGGCUCGCCAUGAUUGCGUCCUUGCAACGCUAUUCAUUUUAUGUCAUUACCGAAUGUGCGAAUCUGGUAUCGCUCAGUUCCGAACUCAGUUUGCUGGUGUGAAGAAGAUUCUAGGUAUGAGAGAAUCAGGAGUCGAGACAGGUAAUUGGGGAUGGAUGGAAACACUUUUCACGUACUUUGAUGGUAUUGCAGCGAGCAUCAAUGACCGUGAAGCUCAACUCCGUGGCGGCUACCUUGAGAUGAUUGCCAAUCCAAUGCAACCAUCUCACGCACUCGAAAACAUUGCGGGUUGCGACUCGGUGCUGUUCAAAACGAUUGCACGACUAGGACGUCUAAAUAUGCUCUCCCAACAUAGGGCCGUGCUAGACGAAAGCAUUCCUACGACCCGUGCUCCUCGGCCAGCACCACCCAACCCACGCCCUCGCUUGGCUGGUCAAGCACUUGUUGAUUUCUACAACCUUCACGCGCACAACUUUGAUGGUAAUGGAUUUGCCUCUACAUUAGACGACGAUGCCUCAUUCUCACUACUUACAGACACGGCAUCACAUGACGACAUGAGGACUACCUUCUGGACCGAAUGGAAGGCCGCCCGCCAGGCACUCCAAGAAUGGGAAUUCGACCCACACAGACUCGUCGCUAAUCUACCUGCGACUCCAUCGCCUUCCCAGUUGAAGGAUUUUGGUUACAUUUCCGAGGCAUUCCGCUACUCUGCACUUUUGUACACAGAACGCCUUGCUUGCCCCAACCUUUCCUCCUCACAUUUGAACUUUCAAAAUCUCGUCUCUCAAGUUCUAUUCUACGUUACCUCGCUAGAGCAGGGCUCAGGUUGCGAGAAGUUCUUGCUUUGGCCUCUGUUUAUCAGCGGUUCCGAAUGCGUCAACGAGUUACAACAAUCUAUCGUUCGUACCAAAUGUAGGGAAAUCAUGGGUCGAUCCGGUUACUUGAACAAUCUUGCUGGGCUUGAGGUUUUGGAAAAGUUAUGGGAAGACCGCGAAAAUGGUGGUGUCACCAUGCGUGAGAGUAAGGAAGCAUUUGGGGGUCCUUUCAAAUGGUCACGAUAUAUGGAGGGCGGUGAGGGAGAGUGGAUCAUGGUUUAA